CAUCAAUUCAAAAUCAGUCGGUAAUAUUAUAUUGUUGUGCGAUGUGAUAAAUGAUAAUUAUUUGCUUCAAGUUGUAUUUUCUAAAUAUUUUUAUUUUCCUUUAAAUUGUAUUAUUUAUAACAUGAGGUGAUUAAUUAUUUUUAAUAUUGUCCAUUAUAUUGCGUUCUAAAAUAUGUGAUAUUUUCAGUAAUAGUUAAUAGAGAACGCUCUAACGAAGUAGGUAUAAACAAAGCCGGACGAUUUGCAAAAAAAUAAAUUCUUGCCGACAUAUAGAGCGAAAAUCAAUAUAUUCACGCGUUCGGUUUAGGUAAUCUUUAAGACGACUAUAAAUAAUUUCGUGUCGAUAACGUACCUCAUAUAGUUAGAGCCUAAAUUAGUAUUUUUAAGGCCCGGGACAAAAGUUGGCCUAUUAUUAUAAAUUGAAUUAUAAUCAGUAAAUAUAACCAGUCAAUGAAAUGUAAAUUGAAAAUUUGUUCUAAAUGAAAAGUAAAACAAUGUACUAACUAAUCAAAUAAAUUGCAAAGAUAUGAAACAGAUUUUUUUGUCUUCUUAUAAUGGUCACUUAUCCAUAGCGCAUAUUUCAGUUAUUUUCAGUGUUAUAAAAUCCGAGCGCUGCCGAUGAUAUUAUUUGUUUAACAGGCUAGUAAUGAAUACAAUUACAAUAAUAUAAUAUUAUAUAAUGAUAAUAUUAUAUUUCAUUUUAACCUUUCUAUAAUAUCAAUAGUUAUAUUCGAAUGAUAAAUCGGUAGGUCCAAACAAGCGUUAUACAACAAAAUUGUUUGUUACCUUUAAUGCAAAUUUGUAAAACGAUUUUAAACUAAUGUACCAGCAAUAUGGUUUUUAAAAUCAUUUAGAAUCGUAUCUUCUAAGACCGUGACCCGUAACAUUCGUUAUAAAAACAGGUUGGGUAACGAGCUUAGUAUAUAGGCUUAUCGUAGUCAGAUUGUUUUGGCUGCUCUUUCAACAGUUUGAUGAAUCCAAAAUACCUGUUUAACGUUACAAUAAUCGACUCGUUUGUCGUAAAAGCCUAACUAGUAAGUUUAUAAAAUUCCAUCAGUGCUAUACAAACAAUUAUAAUUACUGUGCUUCAACUGUUCAGCCGAUCGUCGACUUCAAAUAAUUUCGUAGAAAAAUGGAGUUGCCAAUAAACUCGCGUAUUGAUGAGUUUAACUACGGGAUUAAAUCCACCUUGGCGCAGGUAAGCAAAAUAUAAUUUAAAUGGUGGCAUUUAGAGGGGGGGAGAUGUAGGAGUGAUAGUGCAGUUUCACUCACGAGGGUUCGUCUAAGAAUGCAAAAGAUCGCAACCACAUUAGCCAACGAAAACCAAAUUAAAAUCAAUAAACUACAAUAUAUACUACAAAGUGUUUUUUUUUUUAAUCAGGAACUAGUAAUUUUCUCGAAGGAUUAAGUUUUUAAGUGAAUUUGAUUUCUGCUUUUUUUUUUUAAUCAUUACUCAUAGAAUCGUUUAAGCUUUAUAUUAAAACCAUUAUGAUUAUUUACCACUAUUCCAUAUACUUUAAAUAAAUAUGUACUUUUAUUUUUUAAAAUCUAACUCCCCUUUUGGAACAACGAUUUAAAUAGAGAAUAUUUUUUUAGAAAUGUUGAUAUCCAUAACACUAAUAUCAGAUUUACCGUUUGUGUGUUAUAAUCGCUUAAAGUUUUGAAUUGAAGAAAUAGGGGAAUGUUAUAAAAUUAAAUUUACGAUUUAAAAAUAAAUAUACAAUUUAUUAACCUUCCCUACCCCUCCGGUCUCAAUUUUAAACUGUUAUUGCACUUAAACGGUAAAUUUGAUGUUAGUGUAUAUCAAAUUUUUUAGAAAUAUAUUCUCUAUACUGAUCUGUGUUCAAAAAGGGAAUUCUUAUUUGAAAAAUAAAUUUAUAUACUUAUUUAAGGGUAUAUGGAGUGAACACAAGUGGUUGAAUGGUUUAAAUGAUUUUAAACUAAAGCUUAAACGAUUUUAUGAGUGAACCACCAUUCUCCCCAAACUAAAAAGUGGAAUAUCUCGUCAACGGAUUGACGGAAAUCAACAAUUUCACCACCAAAAUUUAUUUUCACUACUACUCCAUCCAAUUAUGGAAUUUUUAAUAUAUGUUGCCAUUUGAAAAUCAAAAGUACGAAUUGGUUUUCCAAAAUAAGGGUAACAAAAACUAACAUAAAUAUAAAAUUGUAGAGCAGCUUGUUUCUUAUAUAUUCUAGAAAAUAAAUUUCGGAAAAAGUUUUCCGAGAUAACGAUUAUUUUACGAUAGAAAUGAUCACCUUGUAUUUUACUAAGCAAUUUCUGAAGUAUGGUAAUACUAAGAAUUGGUAAGCAUUAAAUCUAUAAUAAUACGUCAUAAAUUUAGAAAAACUAUUUCAUUAAUACAUUAUUAAUUUAUUAUUAUUUUUGUUUACACAAAAGCCACAGAUUCACAGCCCUGCUAGAAAGGUUUCAACCGAACCGUUAGGUUUUAGUUAAAGUUAAUGAAUAAUGGGAUCAAAAACCAAAAUAAUGUUUUCAAUAUAAUUUCAUUCAGGAACUUUUCUAGUUUAUUUCCAAAACAUCAAAAUCAAAUCAUAAUGUUUUGAAAGACAUUGUAUUUUAUUAUAACAUUUUUGUCCUCAGUUCCGCAAGUGAUGGUUUUAUGAUUGAUUUUGUUCAGACAACAUAAUAUGGAAUUUUAAGAUAAUUAAAAAUAUUAAUAUUACACAUUUUAUGAUAGUUGUAAUGAAAUAUAAGUUAAAUAUUUUAAGGGGAUGCAUAGUUAAACUUUCAAGUGCGUUAUUUUCGAAUCCUUCUUUUGCAGGUAUUGGCGCUAUCGACAUCAUAUCUUUUAACAAUGAAACUGGGAAUCGAUCAGAUGACGCCUUCGAUAAUCAUUGGGGCUGUGACCGACAGUCGUAAUAAUAAUAACAACUCACUGUCCAAAAUAUCAGAAGAACAAUCGUCCUGGAUCGGUAAGCUGAAAACUUGCAACAUCAAUAAAAACAAACAUUUGAUACAUUUUUAACACCUAUUGUGUUUAAUAUAUACGAAUUGUAUAAUUUUUCCGGGGAUAUGCAUCUACCCCGAACCAGUGUUCGGGGCUUAAUUUUUAAAUCAUCUAGAUCAUCUAAAUCAUCAUUAUGCUUUUACUCAUGAGUCAUGACCUAACCUAACGCGUACGGGUACCGAAUUAUUUCCAAGUUUUUUUAUUUCGAUAACGACUCGAAACGGUGUUUACAGGAAGUAUAUUGUACUUGUUCCCGCCAGUGGGCAGCGUCUUUGCGUCACUAGUGCAAGACAGACUGGGACACCGGACAUGUAUGAUACUGGCGAACGUCACGCACCUGCUGUCAAUUGCAAUCCUGUUGUUCGCUGACACCCCGAAGUUACUGUACGCCGUCACGGGCCUGAUGGGUUUCAACGUGGGCUUCAUCAACAGCGUCACGAUUUCCUAUUGCGGCGAAGUGUGCGACCCGAAGCUCCGCGGACUCUUGUUGUCUGUCUGCAGCCUGUUUUACUUUGCCGGUUACCUGUUCAUAACCACGUCGUACGCUAUAACAGCCGACUGGAAACUGUCGGUGCUAUUCACCGUAGCCAUACCGGUCGUCAACGCCGGUUUAUUGUUCCAGGUGAGCACGUCCAGGGAAUUACUUAAAGUUACGGGAAUUCACUGAUUCACUCCGAGUACCUCGUUACGACCGCUUGGGGUUUGCCGUCUUCUCGAAAAAGUAUCUAACGGGCGACAUGGUUACCGGGUUGCCUUCGUUCAACGUUUCAAUUAGCCUUCUCAACAGAACACUUAUUUCACCCGUGCAACUGUGUCGAGGGUAUUUAGUUUAAGUAUUUACGUAUUCCAUGUAAAACGUGAAUUACAUGAUUUAUGUUCACGUGAUCCGUAAUUGAAAUUCUUUUUAAACACCUAAUACCUACUAUUUUGUACAUUACCUAUAACAGGUGAUCCGUUUAAUUGGGUACACUCAUUAUCUCAGAAAGUAGUACAUUUUUUCGGAAUUUGUUUUUUGGAACAUUUAAGAAACAAGUUGCUUUUUAAUUUUAUAUUUAUUUUAUUUUUUGUAACCCUCAUUUUUGGGGGCAAAAUCAUUACCUACUUUUGAUUUUCAAAUGGCAACCUAUAUUAAAAAUUCCAUAAAUAGAUAAAGUAUUAGUUAAAAUAAAUUUGAUUGUUGAAAUUGUUUAUUUCUGUAAAGUCGUUGACGAGAUAUUCCACUUUUAAAUUUAGAUUGGAGAAGAGUUGUAGUAGUGCAUUAAUAACACACCGCGCGCCGUACCGCCACACAAAUAACACUCCACUAAUCUCUUCCAACCCAAACUUAAAGGUGGAUUAUCUCGCUAAUGGAUCAAUGGAAAUAAAAAAUGUCAACAUUAAAAUUUAUUUUAACUGAUGCUCCAUCGAUUUAUUGAAUUUUUAAUAUAGGUUGCCAUAUGAAAAUCAAAAGUAGGUAAUGGUUUUACUCCCAAAAAUAAGGGUGAAAAAAAAUAACAUAAAUAUAAAAUUGUAGAGCAGCUUGUUUCUUAAAUUACAGUAUAAACCUUCAACAGAAGUGGACGUAUUUUUUAGCGGCGUGUCACUUAUCGCAUGUUUGUUGUGUCUACUGAUUUAACUUAUCUUUUGAUUACCCGAUCAAUCUAACGGUCUGAACGUGUCCUAUAUUUACUAAUCGUUGUCAUAUGAUUGCGUACUUGCUGAUAGUGUGCAUUUGUGGUUGCAUUCUGUUUAUUUUUUUACUUUCACUUUUUCCUUUAUCUAGUUGCCUACUUCUCGUUGAGCACGGCAUCCCCUUCAUAUGUAAAUUAACUAUUUGUCUGCAUUUUUCGUCCUAUGCCAAGCACUUGUGCCAUUGCCAUCGUACCCAAUUUGAAAGUACUAAGUUUGUUACGUGUGAUGCUUGUUGAUAGUCCUUUUAUUCGGACUGUGGAGCAUUUUUCAGCUCGCUUUCUGCUCAUUCGCCUUAAAUAAACUCGGUAUGCUACCCGUGUAGUCGGUCAAAGAGUGUUGCCCACCCAUCCAAAGCUAUGUUUCCUUCAACCUCCAACUGUUCGUCAACCACUUCUCCCAAAAACGCUUAUAUUAUGACUGCAAUCACAAGUUUCCAGAAGUUGCAAGUCGAUAUCAUUAGUUCGUACAAUAAAUUUAGCAAUUUGCAAACUAAAGAAUCUUCAUAGCUUCGUUGAACCUUAUUAAUUCUUUCUUCUCAAAUCACCGAUCUAAAGCAGGAAAAUGCAUGGCUUCAUGAAGAGCUAUCUGUUUUUAGGAAUAGAGUCGAUAUAAUUUAAAGUAGCACAAAUGUUUCAGUCCUUCAUUCACAGUCUAGCCUCCUUGCUCAGGUAAUGGCUGAAACUUUCGAUCGUGAACGCUGCGCGAAGAAUGUUGUUAUUCGUGGUCUACCUGUGUGUAACUCCGCUAUCCAAUCUGAUAGAAUCUCUGCUGAUGAAAUCAUAUUAUAUGAUCUAUUUACAACACUGAAUAUUCCCUGCUAUAUUAUUCUAAAUUACUAAGGGUGGAUAAUGUAGCUUCCGGUGCUUGUCUCGUCAACGUCAUUUUCAACUCUAGUGAAGACGUGACUAAAGUACUGCACGCUGUAACUGGGUAAAACUAGUAAAAAUAAUAUUAUAAUAUGUCACCAUUAAUAUGUUCAACAAAAGUAAGGCAUAUUUUAAUAAUUUAUAACUAAAAAAAAAAAAAUAUAUAAUACUAAAAUUGGGAAUUAAAAUAAAGUGAUUUAAUAGACUCCCGAUUCGCCAAUGUGGUUGUUGUCAAAAAAUAGAAAAGAGGAGGCUAAACAAACGUUUAAAAAACUCAGAGGCGGCGCAAGUGAAGAAAAUUGCAUUAAGGAAUUUCAAGACAUGAUUCUUUAUACAUCUAAAAUGGACUUGAUCGAUUCUCCAACAAGUAACUGAUUAAUAAUUUACUACUGAUUAAAAGAAGUAUUUUUAUAAAUAAUAAUUCAUAUAGCGAAUGUUUUACAAUAUAUAAUAUUUACAGAGGAAACAAAAAGUAAUUCACUUAGUGACUCGUUUUACAAUUUUAUUGAACCUGAAACACUGAAACCUUUUCAAAUGCUCGUGAUUAUAACAUUUUUUAACAAUGUACUUUCUGGUCAACCGUUCGUUCCAUAUUUGAUGUCUGUGUUCGAUACGUUUAAAACACCUUUGCAUUCGGCUUGGUCCAUGGUUAGUAUGUAGUAUUUAGUAUGCGAAUUAUUUUAAACACAAUUUUUUAUAGUUAAAUGUUUUGAUAAGUUCACUAGAAAUAAUAUUUUAAUUUUGAUCACAGACGAUAAACAUGACAUGCGGUGUCUUGGGCAACGUGGUAACCAUAAUCGUUAUAAGCAGAAUUGGAAAGAGAACUUUGACGUUGAGCACGAUGGCCUCCAGUAUAGUGUGCUACACGUGCAUCGGGAUCGUCGGACGUUUUUGGUCCCCGUCUCUGAUCUCCUCGUGGAUUCAACUUGUUUUGUUCUUCGUAUCGUCGUUUUUCUCGUCGAUGGGCUUCGUACCCGUAAUGUGGAUCCUUUACGGCGAACUGUACCCGAUGAAGUAAAUACACAGACGAGAAAUGUACAAUUUAUAUUAUUUACUAAUUUGACGCAUUUUUUAGAACCAAAAACAUGGGAGCUGGUAUCAGUUCGGCUAUGUUCUUCAUCACGUGUUUUUUAAUGACCAAGUUCUAUCGGAAUUUUGAGACGUUGGUUGGUUUCUAUAACACGUUUAUUAUAUUUGGCGUUUUGGGCGUGGUCGGAUUUAUUUAUAUUUAUUAUAAACUACCGGAAACCGAGAACAAAACGCUGAACGAAAUAUCCGCAAACUUCAAAAGGAAAAGUACAAAAAUCAAUAUUCAAAGGACCUGAUUCCAGUCAUUUUUGUUCAUAUAAAAUUAGCAUUACUUAUAAAUAACUUAUUUUUUUACCGAACUUGUAUUCGUUAUUUUAUUGUAGCUUAUGUCUUCGUACGGAUCGUAGACGACUAAUUUACUAGCGAUCAAUUCAGUACUUGACAAUUUCUUGUAAUUUAAAUUUUUUCUCUCUAAUGUACCAACGAAACAUGAUUUGAUAACUAAAGCGUCCCCUGAAGUUUAUAGUUGGAAUAAGAUUUUUGGUCGAAAUCGCUUUCUCAAACACAGUGUUGGCACGUGCAGGUGCGAAGGUGCGAUCAUAUACUCCCAUAGGCGCAACUAGGAUGCGUACUACGGGGUCUAUAACAUCCCAAAAAACUUGAUAAGCUCUUUCACAAUAACAACUAAAUAUUUUAUACAUGUAUUUAAUAAGUAAUAUAAACAGAACAAAGUAUAGAUUACCUACAAAUAGUGAAUGUGUGUAUGAAAAAUAAUGUUAAAAUAGUUAUGAUUACUUUGUAUAUACCUACACAAAUGUAAAUGGAAUGUAUAGUUGCUUGUUAUAAGAAUAGUUUAAAGGGAAUUGUGGGAGCAUAGCUGCCAUGGGCUUUUGAUGUGUUCAUAAUUUAAACCCCCUAAAUUUGUAAGUAUAAUUAUGCCUAUGCGUACUCCCUAUGUAAAAUUAAAACUAUAAUGUAAUUUACGAUAAUUAUCAAUUUAUUAUACUUGUUAUAGUAAACAAUAUAAUCAUUAUAGUUUUUAUUUCAUUCAAAAUAGUCUUAAGGAUAUUGUAAUGCAAAAUGAUAAUAUUUGAAUACAAGUUCCAUCCCAGUCAGACAUUCCCAACACAAGAAGAGUUCAGUCUAAACCUUGUAAUUUUUGUUAUAAAUUGAUUAAUGGUAAUAUUGUUUUACGUUAUGUACAUCGCGACAUCGUGUUGUGUUGGAAUAGUUUAUUUCGUGUAUUUAAAGUUCAGUC